GCUCAGACUCAGGCUGAUGCUGCGUCAGGACCUGCCGCGGUCUCCGCUGGGCUUCCUGGGACUCGGUGGUUGUGGGCUGAUUGUAAAGCAUGGAAUGACUCUUAGAAACUGGGCGUCAUUCUUUGUGGUUUCCCAAGCUUGGUCUCUGAUGAUACUCCAGGUCUUAGGAGACAUGCUGAAUAUUUAUUAUGCUUACAUUCAAGCAACAUUAACCCUUAAGGUUGAUGUAGCUCCCCGUCUUUUUUUCCCAGAAGGAGGAGCACUGAAGGAACAUUUUUCCAGUAUGGAUUCUUUCCAGCUCCGAGAAGCUGGAGGCACACGGAUCCCUCGGCCAGCUCCCAUCUAUGGACCUGCUGUAGUCACAAGGGCUGUGACUAAGGCUCAGUCCCUGAGGAGUGCCUUGGCAUGGGCUGCUUUAGGCUGUAAACACCCAGUUUUAUCCACUUUAUGUGAAGAAAGCCAACAAGGAGCAUGGAGUGAGUUCCGCAGGUUUUAG